AUGGACACUGAAAAAUGGUCUAUCGAAGUGGAGAGCAAGUUGAGAAUCACCGGAAAUCGAGGAGCACUCGACACGAAUAACAACUCGAUGCAAUUCUCCAAUUGGUUGCCAUCGUCAAAACUGCAAAAAUUGCAGAAAUUAGUGGGAUACGAUUGUUUGAAGGAGCAUAGUGCGGAUGGAAAGUGUGUGGUAGAAAUCGAAAUGAGUAUCCAAAAAGUGGAAUUCAAGGAGAUCGAUAUUGUGAGCGGCUGUGAGAGUUUGAAACUCUAUGAAGAUGAUAAAGAUCUUGUCAGCUUGAUUGUGGAGAAGAAUCGAAAAGUGAAAGUGGAGAGGAAGCUUCUCUGCGCAAAAUCAAAGUUCUUUGAGUCAAAAAUGUCAGCGAAACGCUACGACGCGUUUCAGCUGGACAACACGACUCUUGUGGAGCUCAAUCAGUUAUUGGCGGCCCUGCGAAACCAACCGGACUCCAUAACAGACGUCACUAUUGAUACAGUUUUGAAACUGGCGGAUCGAUUCGAGAUGGACUCGCUUAUCGAGAAUUGUGAGAAGUUUUUGAUCGCUAAAUCUGCAAAACGGCCGAAGACGUUGGCUAGAAUUGCCGUGGAUUAUCAAUUGGGACAGUUGAAGGCCCACCUCCGUCGAAAUCGUCCCAACUCCGCAGUCACGCCACUCACAUUCGCCUGUGAUACAAGACAGUCAAAAAUAGAGAAACUCGAAGAAGCACUCAUCUGCACAGUAUGCUACGAUAUGUUCAAAGAGGAGCCGAAGACUCUGGAUUGUGGACACGUCUUCUGUGAAGAGUGCAUUCGCGGAUUCAACUCUCCUAUCAUUCGGUGCCCCAUGUGUCGAAAAGUCGUUGAUGCUACCGUAGCCACACCGAAUUAUGUGUUGAAACGAGUGCUGGAAGUGAUGAAGAUGUCUUGA